AUGUUGCCCCAUCAGAGUGACACAGGCGUACAGUCUGCCGAAGUCUCAGUAAUAACUUGCACCGGUGAUAUAAGCGAAGUAAGCAACCUAACAACCGAGAAUAAUGAUUAUGGAGCCGAGAUUCCUGUCGCCAAAAUAGAUAUAAUAUCACCUAUUGAUAAUUCGUCGCUUGCGGAGCUUGAGAAUUUUAUUGACGAUUCAUUUUGUAAUAUUAUGAACUCCCGACACAGUGAAGUAACGAAGGGUACUGUGGAACAAGUAUUUGUAAAUUCUACCCCCUUUAAACAACGCGAGAGCGACAGCGCCACUAUAAAAAAUGCAUUAUUUGACAAUUUUAAAGAGAAGGUUGAAUAUGAAAUAUCAAAUUUAUUGGCUAAACUCGCCAAGCAAGACGAAACUAUCAACAUAAAUAAGCAAGAUAUAUGCAAAUUGAGUGAAGAAAAUUUGCAUCUCAAAUCACGUAUCUCCAAAUUACAAGGAAAGAUGGCUUCGGCCUCCAUAGAAAAAUUCCCUGGUGCUAUUGAAAUAUCUUGUGUCACGCCUACAACGCAGUACGUCCCCAUAAGCACUAAGAAAAAGGCCAACGAAGACCGACUACCGGAAAGUAAUGUGCCUAAUAUGCAGUCCAAUCCAGCAGUUAGGGUACCUACUGUACUUAUGAAAAUUUGACCUUGCAACCGCGAACCCAGCAGACGAAUAAGAAUCGUUACGACCGCCCCCUAAAGAAUUCCACUCCUUGUCCAUUUCUUCUGCGUCGAUGUUGGUGUCGAAAGGGAGACCGAUGCGACUUUCAGCAUCUUAAACCAUCUCGCAAUACACAUAAACAUAAUGUCCCCUGUCCUUUUUUGCAGAACAGAGGCUUCUGUCUGAAAGACGAUCGAUGUGAUUUCUCCCACGCUUGGGUACCAACCAGAAG